UUUCUCUCCGGUUCCUGCUGGUGGGGGUGGUGGUGGCGAGGGGGGGAGGCUGAUGUUGCCGGACUUGUCGCUGAUCUUGUCACCUUUUGUGUACUGUUUCUGGGGUGUGAGGAGGCGUUUGCUUCCUUUCCUUCUUUCUUUUGCCCUCUCUUAGGAGAGAGGACCGCGAGGGGGACCGGGUCGCUUUUUGUUCCUCUGGAUCCUCGCUCUCCGCCAAGCCUCAUCCUUCCCACCUCCCCCGGCUAAACUCCGGGGCUCGCCCCCUUGUCCUCGCUCUUUGUCUUGUUUAUUAUAGCAGCCUUUCUUCCCAGCUCUUCCAAUUUGCUUGUCAUUUGCAUACCUUUCACUUCUCCUUUUUAACCCCGGCUGAGGGCCGGGAGUAGAAAAGAGGAGAGAGGGAGGAGGGGGGCGCUCUGUUACUUUCCUCUCCAAACGCUGUCUGUCGUAGCCGAAAUGUUGAAAUCGGGGUUGGAGUGGUGGAGUGAUGGGUCCCUGGAAGGGAGCGCUGCGUCCCUUUCCUGAGCUCCCUGGACCCAGGGCUGGGUCAAGUGGAGUAGGGGUCCCGGGAUUCUUGAGCUGUGCCCAGCUGACGAGCUUUUGAAGAUGGCACAAUAACCGUCCAGUGAUGCCUGACCAUGACAGCACAGCCCUCUUAAGCCGGCAAACCAAGAGGAGAAGAGUUGACAUUGGAGUGAAAAGGACGGUAGGGACAGCAUCUGCAUUUUUUGCUAAGGCAAGAGCGACGUUUUUUAGUGCCAUGAAUCCCCAAGGUUCUGAGCAGGAUGUCGAGUAUUCAGUGGUGCAGCAUGCAGAUGGGGAAAAGUCAAAUGUACUCCGCAAGCUGCUGAAGAGGGCGAACUCGUAUGAAGAUGCCAUGAUGCCUUUUCCAGGAGCAACCAUAAUUUCCCAGCUGUUGAAAAAUAACAUGAACAAAAAUGGUGGCACGGAGCCCAGUUUCCAAGCCAGCGGUCUCUCUAGUACAGGCUCCGAAGUACAUCAGGAGGAUAUAUGCAGCAACUCUUCAAGAGACAGCCCCCCAGAGUGUCUUUCCCCUUUUGGCAGGCCUACUAUGAGCCAGUUUGAUAUGGAUCGCUUAUGUGAUGAGCACCUGAGAGCAAAGCGCGCCCGGGUUGAGAAUAUAAUUCGGGGUAUGAGCCAUUCCCCCAGUGUGGCAUUAAGGGGCAAUGAAAAUGAAAGAGAGAUGGCCCCGCAGUCUGUGAGUCCCCGAGAAAGUUACAGAGAAAACAAACGCAAGCAAAAGCUGCCCCAGCAGCAGCAACAGAGUUUCCAGCAGCUGGUUUCAGCCCGAAAAGAACAGAAGCGAGAGGAGCGCCGACAGCUGAAACAGCAGCUGGAGGACAUGCAGAAACAGCUGCGCCAGCUGCAGGAAAAGUUCUACCAAAUCUAUGACAGCACUGAUUCUGAAAAUGAUGAAGAUGGUAACCUGUCUGAAGACAGCAUGCGCUCAGAGAUCCUGGAUGCCAGGGCCCAGGACUCCGUGGGGAGGUCAGAUAACGAGAUGUGCGAGCUGGACCCAGGACAGUUUAUCGACCGUGCCCGAGCCCUGAUCAGAGAGCAGGAAAUGGCUGAGAACAAGCCGAAGCGAGAAGGCAACAACAAAGAAAGAGACCACGGGCCAAACUCCUUACAACCAGAAGGCAAACAUUUGGCCGAGACCUUGAAACAGGAACUGAACACUGCCAUGUCGCAAGUUGUGGACACUGUGGUCAAAGUCUUUUCGGCCAAACCCUCCCGCCAAGUUCCUCAGGUCUUCCCACCUCUCCAGAUCCCCCAGGCCAGAUUUGCAGUCAAUGGGGAAAACCACAAUUUCCACACCGCCAACCAGCGCCUGCAGUGUUUUGGCGACGUCAUCAUUCCGAACCCCCUGGACACCUUUGGCAAUGUGCCGAUGCCCAGUUCCACAGACCAGACAGAAGCACUGCCCCUGGUUGUCCGCAAAAACUCAUCUGACCAGUCUGCCUCCGGCCCCACUGCUGGCGGCCACCACCAGCCCCUCCACCAGUCGCCUCUCUCGGCCACCGCAGGCUUCACCACGUCCACCUUCCGCCAUCCCUUCCCCCUUCCCUUGAUGGCCUACCCAUUUCAGAGUCCAUUAGGUGCUCCCUCUGGCUCCUUCUCUGGAAAAGACAGAGCCUCUCCUGAAUCCUUAGACUUAACUAGGGAUACAACGAGUCUGAGGACCAAGAUGUCAUCCCAUCACCUGAGCCACCAUCCUUGCUCACCAGCACACCCACCCAGCACCGCCGAAGGGCUCUCCUUAUCGCUCAUAAAGUCCGAGUGCGGAGAUCUUCAAGACAUGUCCGAAAUCUCACCUUAUUCGGGAAGUGCAAUGCAGGAAGGAUUGUCACCCAAUCACUUGAAAAAAGCAAAGCUCAUGUUCUUUUACACCCGUUAUCCCAGCUCCAAUAUGCUGAAGACCUACUUCUCCGAUGUAAAGUUCAACAGAUGCAUAACCUCUCAGCUCAUCAAGUGGUUUAGCAAUUUCCGUGAGUUUUACUACAUUCAGAUGGAGAAAUAUGCACGUCAAGCCAUCAACGAUGGAGUCACCAGUACUGAAGAGCUGUCCAUAACCAGAGACUGUGAGCUGUACAGAGCUCUGAACAUGCACUACAAUAAAGCAAAUGACUUUGAGCAGGUUCCAGAGAGAUUCCUGGAAGUUGCGCAGAUCACAUUACGGGAGUUUUUCAAUGCCAUUAUCGCAGGCAAAGAUGUUGAUCCUUCCUGGAAGAAGGCCAUAUACAAGGUCAUCUGUAAGCUGGAUAGUGAAGUCCCUGAGAUUUUCAAGUCCCCGAACUGCCUACAAGAGCUGCUUCAUGAGUAGAAAUUUCAACAACUCUUUUUGAAUGUAUGAAUAGUAGCAGUCCCCUUUGGAUGUCCAAGUUGUAUGUGUCUAGAUUUUGAUUUCAUAUAUAUGUGUAUGGGAGGUGUGGAGAUGAUAUGAAAUCAGCUGGUAAUUCCUCCUCAUCCUAUUUUGUUUUCUUCCUCAUUCCCUUUUGUUUUCCUUUGCAAGGGGAUAUGGUUAUUUUCCUUCCACCUUUAGUUUACUUUUACCCAAGGCCCUUAACAUUUGGAGACUUAAAAUAGGGUUGAUUUUUCAGGGAAAAUGAAUGUUGGUGUGUAUAAAAUCUAUAUGAGCAAGGAAGGGCAUUUGUUCAAGAUAGGUCUGCUUGAUAGAUGGUUUAUUGCAAAUGGCGGUUGGCGGAGGGAAACCCAUGACACAACGCGUCUCUACAGGCAAUGAGGUGUCACUUGUUUUUACUGCUAAGAAGGUCUGAGAAUGCAAUGAAACCACUUCACACACUUAAAUACUUUAUUUGAUUUGAAUUCAAUAACUUUCUCUUACAUAUUUAAAAAUAUGUAAGUACCCCAACAGGCCAAAAUGUCAAAAGAAAAUCACUAACGACCAAGCCUUUCCUAAGAGAAAUGGAAAACACCCCCCAACUAGUACCAGUUUCUCAUAAAGGUAAAGCAAUUUGGCACAAAAAUGACUUUACCGAGAUAAGAAAGGAAAUGUAUACAUUCCUUAUAGCCAACUCUUUAAACUAUACAAUAGGUUCUUCUUCAUAAGUGAGCUUCUAUCAUUCUUCAUAGAGAAAAACCCUAUCGCUUGCUAUCAUUUUCUAUUUAUUUUGCUUCAAGUAUUAAAAGGCACAUACGUUUCAAAUUUACUCUUUGCUCAACUUUGUUUAUAUGCUUAAGAGGAUUAUUAUUUGUUUAACACUUUUUUUUUUCCAAAACACUAUUUUCUCAAUACAGUGAGGAAUAGCGGAAAUCCCUACUUAACCACAAAAUCCUUGCCUACACUACAGGUUUGUUGACAGCUGUUAGCUGACUUGAUCUUCACCUCCUAAGAGGAGGGCAUAUGAGAAUGACCUAUUUUCAUAUAUAAUUCUACACUUCCCUGAUGGGUAUGCAAAGUGGUGGCAGUGUACGUAACUAUUCCUUCAUUUUAGGUAUAGUAUUUUAAAGCAAACGGUAAUGCCUCUUCUAAUUCAAAAGCUAGUAUUGACCAAAACGUGAGAAGAGUGUAGAAUAUAAGAAAGUUUGGGGUUAACCCCGACAACUCAAUUUCAGUAAGAAAGCCAGCUGCUAUUUUAUGCUUUCUUCAAUAGUUCUCCUCUUUUUCCUUUUUUUUUUUUUUUUAAUUUCCAGUUCUUCAAUGAUGUACAUUGUCCCAUAUUUACAUUAUAAAAAUCAUAUGGCAGUCACACUUGUCGUUUUCUUAGGUGGGUUUUUGUGUGCAGAUGCAGUAAGAAUUCAUUGUUGAUUCUAAUAAUGUUUUCCAGGCCCCUUCUUACCCCUGGUAAUUUGAUAUACACCUCCUAAAAUGACACAAUAACAAAUCUGGUAUUUUAGAACAUAUAGGACAUAAACACCAUUUUUUCCUUAAUUUUUAUAAAAAUUGCAUUUGACUUUGGGGAAUGCAGGUUGAUCCAUGUGACUAACUAGCUGACCCAAUCGCUGUAAUUUAAUGUCAUUUAUAAAUUCUGCUGAUGGACAGAAAUGUAUGAACACAAUUAUUGUCAGCACAAAGCCUUAAAACCUGCUGACUUUAAAUUAAACGGUGCAGUCCUACGAUGCUCUGCAUCGUUCAGGAACUAACAGGCCCUUGAAGUGUGGACAGAGUGUGCAGUAGCACGGGCUGGUGCACUAACCGCUUUACUCUGCACGCAUAGCCAGACAGAUCUCCCAGCUCACACUCUCCUACACAAUGCACACGGAGUCAUUAGAUCCAAUUUAUCAUUAUUCUGGCUUGCUUAAAGAAAAAUUAAAGUUCAGGUAAUCAUUACAUUGGAAUAAAGUGCAAAAAAAAAAAAAAGAAGAAGAAGGAAAGAAAAAAUCCAAUCAGCACAAAGCAGGAAAACAGUUUCAAGUUGUGGUCACACUCUUGCUUCAUUUGAAAGAGGAUGACAUUCAUUGUUCAUGUCAGUAUACAACUGGGUCUUUGCUGUUCCAUGUAAUUCAUAUCAACAUUGGAUUGCCAUUUGCAAGGUCAAAGGCAAAGCUGUAGUAUAUUCACCUAUGUAGACCGAUUGCUAGGUAUCUUUUUGAACUGGGACAAGUUCAAUAUUGAUUCCAAACUUAUUUGGAUUUGAGUAUUAUUUUCCCCUGUCUUUCUAAUUUAAACAGACAAAUUAAGCAAAAGUAAGUGUUUGCAACCAAAUGCUGAUGUGCUUAUCUACUGAUAAUACCGACUCAAUAUUCACGGAGGCAUAGAAAUUAUUUCAGAGUGGAAAUUGCAGCAUGAGUAUAAAUUGGCCUUUUUUGUUCUGAAAAUAGAACUCUAACAAUUUGCUUUUAGGUGAUUUCUCCUCUUUUGCAAUCAUCAAAUCUUGUGCCUCCCAGUACAUUGGAAAGACUCAAGCCUGUCUCUCAAAACCUCCAUUUAAUAGUUUAAAAAUCACAAAUCUUAGUUCAACUCUCACCAAAUGAAAAUUGGCUUCUUGGGAGAAAGUUAACUUUCUAUGGUGGGAGGGGGAAAGAUGAGGGACAGGUUACCUGGGGGAGAAAAAAAAAGUCUAAAGUCCAUGUUGAAAUACCACAUUACCACUUAUUUUUUUGCUAACCCUAAAUUAUUUUUGCGUAUGCACUUGAUUUUAUAGUCUGUGCCUAGACCUAAAAUGCACCAGCGGGGGGAUUUUUUUUUUUUUUAAAAAAAAUCCUUCAAAAUACCAGUUUUUUCCCACAAGUACAAUUGUUCUUGUGCCUUCUGUGGCUUUCAAGUUCAUCUUUUUGACUUUAUUUCCAAUUACUACAGCUGCAAUAAACACUAGAUUUUUUUUCUGGCUGUUUGACAUAAUGUUGAUAGCUAUGCAUAUUUUGUGUCUUUUUAAAACAAAGCGGGAGAAUACGUUUUUGAAGAAGAGAAUUUUUAGAACAGUUUGAUACCGCAAAUUAUUUUUUCCUCAAUUGUUUGAGCAGCAUUCGAGUUUUGAAAAUUCUUGUAGAAGCCAAUUUUUUGUAACUGUGGUGCAAAUCUUGUGUUUUCUUAGCCUAAUGAAAAGUAGUAUAGAAGCAAUAUUUCAUACCAUGUGCUAUAUAUGUGUGUGUGUACAUGUGUGAACACACAGACACAUACACACAUAUACACACAUGUAAAAAUAUACAUAUAUAUAUAUGCGUGUGGAGUGGAAAGCUUACCUUUUCCUAUUUAGAUUUAAGAACCUAUUUUAGACAUUUGUUAUGUUUUGUGAAAAGAAUGUUCUAUUUGCAACAACAAAACAUUUAAUUCUUACUGUAUCUCUGGCUGUUUAAUGAGGACGUUUCACAUUAAAUGGUAAAACACGUGGAAGAUGUUAGAAUGUAGUAAUUAUUUAAGUAAAUGUACACCCACAUAUUCCUCAAGUUUGCUUUGUACCUCCGAGUAUUAUUUAAUGAAAGUGUUUUAUGUUUGCAGAAUCUUUGUUACUGUACUAAGAAUGUGGGUGAAUAUCAUUUAGAAAAAAAAUUUAAAACAACAACAACAAAAAAAGCAAAAUGGGAACACUAAAGAGAGAGGGGAACUUUUAUAAAGCAAUGUAAAUAUUUAACCUCAUGGCUGUUGUUACAGAAGACAUGAGAUUUUAAUAAAUAACUACAUUCUCACAACAUCUGUUGAAUUUAUUAGGAACACUACAGUGACUGUAUAGACAGUUAAAAGCAUUCUUGAAAAUCCUGCUCUCUACUCUUAAAAGAUAACAGUCUCUUUUUUAUCAGAUGUCAAGGGCAAGGGUAAUGCAGUUUCUGUAAAUUUAUGAAAUUUCUUUUCUAUGGACAUGAAGACAAUAAGUAUCCCCACACACAGACACGUGCAAGUUAAUAUAGUCAUACAGCUAAAGAUUUGGGGGCUUUAAACACAGAAUGUCCCCAAGAGCAAUCAUAAAUUCAUCCGAGAAAAAGUGGUUUACAGACUCCCCCGAAGACGCGGUGUAUAUGUGAGGACAAGUGCAAAAUCUCUUUGCCAUGUAUAUUAUAGAGUAUUCAUUGGUGUGAAUAGUACAAAUGUUUCCUUCUGGUACAAACUCUGUGUUUGCCAAUUACAAGAAGCAUUGUUUUCAAAAAGCUCCCCUUAAAAAAUGUAACUGGUUUAUAUGAGUAAGCAGUUACUGUAUUGCACUUAAAUGUUAUGUUGAAGGAAAUGCAGUUUUGUUUUCUGUAGAUCUGUUGGUUGUAAACCAUCUAUAAAACUAAAGCUAAAAUGCUUAUAUUCAGAGCUGGGAUCAAAACUGGUAUUUAACCUUUGCAUCUUCUUAUAAUUAUCCUUCUAAGAAUAUAAUGGAAUCUGGAAGCAUCUGGAAUUUGAGCCCUCUCUCAAAUCUGACGCCCCCUAAAAUGCGUAAACAUGAACAGAAACGGCACACGGACUGACGUUGUUGUCAAAAUGUGUUCGUUCUGUACUUUUUAAAUAUUCAAUUCCCCUUCUUGGGGGAAUAAAGCAUUUUAAAAAUUAUACAUUACCACUUCAAAUUUAGAUCUAGAAAAAAAAUGCAUUUGGGGUUGGUCUCAGUACUAUCUCGAAGAAUCAAAGGUCAUGACUUCUCUCAAUACUGUCCCAGCCAUUUCUCAUAUGUAUAUAGUAUAAACCGUGACAAAACACUGCCUUUAUAUUA